AUGAAUCCAUUGUGCUGCAUUGCUCCGGUUUCGAUCGAGAAAGAUCAGAGCAAUAAUCCAGUGGUGCUGAGAUCACAGUCUCAGUGUCAGUGUCAGUUGGGGCUUGAAAAUUCUGUGACGAAAAAUGUGAGCUCUAACUCGAGACUGAGUUAUUCGGCUCAGGUUUCAUCUGUUACUGCUGAUUCGGAUGGGUUAAAGUUAACUUUGAAUCAUGAGAUCGAAGAUAAUGCUGUUGAAGGAAGAGAUUCUAAGGUUUACUGUGGAGAUGGAGGUGUUAGUGGGAGUGUAGCUGGUAUAUUGUAUAAAUGGGUGAAUUAUGGAAAGGGUUGGAGGUCGAGGUGGUUUGUGCUUGAAGAUGGAGUGCUUUCGUAUUACAAGGUUCACGGACCGGACAAGAUCGUGAUGAGUCCGGCGAGAGAGAAGGGUGUUAAGGUGAUCGGAGAGGAAUCUUUGAGAUAUUUGAUGAAAGCUAAUCGGAGUAAUAAUCGGAUUGGUGGGUCUACUAAGCGGUGGAAACCAUUUGGGGAGAUACAUUUGAAGGUUUCUUCAAUUCGGGGAAGCAAGUCAGAUGACAAAAGGCUAACCAUAUACACAGGAACAAAAACUCUUCAUUUGCGGUGUGUAUCUAGAGAGGACAGAGCUGCAUGGAUUGAUGCACUUCUAGCCGCAAAAGAUCGAUUCCCUAGAUUGUUGACAAGCAGUGAUUUUGGCCCGUCUGAAGAUAUUGUUGUCUCAACAGAGGAGCUACGAUUACGAUUAUCGCAAGAAGGUAUUGGUGGGGCUAUCAUAAAAGAUUGUGAGUCUAUUAUGCUACACGAAUUCUCUGAGCUGCAAAAUAAGUUGAAGGCUCUUCAACUUAAACACAUUCUGCUGCUGGACACACUGAGACAAUUAGAGACAGAGAAAAUUGAGCUGGAAACCACUGUAGUUGAUGAGACGAAGGAACGGGAUUCUUGUUGUGGACAAGCAGAUAGAAGAUUCAGUGAUUUCUAUUCCAUCAUGUCAGAGGGUAGUGCAAGUGAUUCUGAUGCAGAUAAUGAAAGUCGAUAUGGUGUAGAUGUUGAGACAGAUGAAGACAAUGGAAUCAGAGAGAAUACGGGACAUACUUGUAGUUCUUUGGCAUAUGAUAAAGAUCCUUUCUUUUCUAGUCGUUUGCAAGAGGUCGGAAUGGAGAUAAAGGCUAUUAAAUAUCCAUAUAUCAAAAGAAGGGACAGUUUGCCAGAACCAAAAGAGAAAGAGAAGCCAGUUGGCUUAUGGUCAAUAAUCAAGGACAAUAUUGGAAAGGACCUAUCUGGUGUUUGUCUCCCUGUUUACUUUAAUGAGCCACUGUCUUCGUUGCAGAAAUGCUUUGAAGAUUUGGAGUACUCAUACUUGGUCGAUCGGGCAUUGGAAUGGGGAAAGCAGGGGAAUGAUUUGAUGAGAAUUCUAAACAUUGCAGCUUUCGCUGUGUCUGGUUAUGCAUCAACAGAAGGUCGGCAGUGCAAGCCCUUUAAUCCUCUUCUUGGAGAGACGUAUGAGGCUGACUAUCCGGAUAAGGGUCUACGUUUCUUCUCUGAAAAGGUGAGUCACCACCCAAUGAUUGUCGCUUGCCACUGUGAGGGUAGAGGCUGGAAAUUCUGGGCUGAUUCUAAUCUCAAAGGCAAGUUUUGGGGGCGCUCUAUUCAGCUUGAUCCUGUAGGUGUUCUUACCCUGCAGUUAGAAGAUGGUGAGACAUUUGAAUGGGGCAAGGUGACUACUUCCAUAUACAAUAUCAUACUUGGUAAAAUCUAUUGUGACCACUAUGGCACCAUGCGCAUUAGGGGCAGCGGCAAUUACUCUUGCAAGCUCAAGUUUAAAGAACAGUCUAUUAUAGACCGAAAUCCACACCAGGUUCAUGGGUUUGUACAAGACAAUAGAACUGGGCAAAAGGUAGCGAUGUUGUGGGGGAAAUGGGAUGAGGCCAUGUACUAUGUGUUGGGAGAUCCAACAACAAAGCCAAAGGGUUAUGAUCCAAUGACAGAAGCUGUAUUGCUGUGGGAAAGGGAUAAAUCUGUUCCCAAGACAAGAUAUAACCUCACAGCCUUCGCAAUAUCCUUGAAUGAAUUGACGCCUGGUUUAAUGGAGAAGCUGCCACCCACUGACUCAAGGCUGAGGCCAGAUCAGCGGCAUUUAGAGAAUGGGGAGUAUGAGCUGGCUAAUGCAGAGAAGCUCAGACUUGAACAGUUGCAGAGACAGGCAAGGAAGUUACAAGAAAGAGGCUGGCAACCACGAUGGUUCCGGAAGGACGAUGAUGGCUGUUACCGCUACGCGAGUGGGUACUGGGAAGCAAGAGAGAAAGUAAAGUGGGAAGGAAUUCCUGAUAUAUUUGGGCAGACAACUGAAUUGCCGCCUCCAGUAGAAGAGUAA